AUGAAGGGGUUCCGGAGUGCCGUGCUCCCGGCCUUGUUGCUGGCUCUUCAAAUUCUGGUCUCCAGGGCGGAGAUCGAGGCGAGGGACGUGGGUCAAUCCCUGGAGGACACCCCGGAAACUGUGCCACCACCUAUCAACAAGGACUGCACCAAGUCCUACAGUGCCACCUGCCUGAAGCUGGACGUGGUGUCCUUCCUGGACAAGCUGUCGGAGACGGAGAACCUGGGGAUCCUGCCAGGAGUUUCCGUGGUCAAGGAAAAUGGCUCCAAGGACCUGUCCGCUUCGGAGGUUGUCGCCAAUCUGGCCAGGGACUUCCCGAACGACGUGGACAAGAGGUUGGACGCCUACAUCGUCCACAAGGUCGGCAGGUACCUCAACAGUCAUGCCAUUUCUAUCAAGCUGUUUGACCCCAGGACCUUCGAGGCUGCCAGGACCUUCAACGAGGAAGCUCUUGCCCAGCUGGGAUUCGGCGGUGCCCAAAAUCUCGAGACUGGUCGUAAGAAAGACAAGGGCGGCAUGGGGACCAUGAUGGCGGGUCUGAUGAUGAUGAAGGGGACCCUCGGUGCACUUGGUUUUGGAGCUUUGGCUCUUCUAGCCGGAAAAGCCUUGAUGACUGGUCUGAUGGCGUUGAUGCUGUCCGCCAUUGUUGGUCUCAAAUCUUUGGCCGGUGGUCAGGAGAAGAAAACCACUUACGAGAUCGUCAGCAAGCCCGUCUACUCCACUUCGCACACUCACAGUUCCGAAGAGCACCAUGGACACGGAUAUGGACAUUCUGGAUAUGGAAGGUCCUUCGACGCCGUCCAGGACACUCUUCAGCAGGCGACGAUGAAGUACGGCAACGUCAGGGAUCGCCGAUCGCUUCGGAUGCACUGA